AUGUCUCCUAAGUCUGCUGUUGCCUCCAAGGUUGCCAAACCCCUGGACAACAACACCCCUACCAAUACCCCUGCAAACAAGGUUGCAAUGGACGUUGAUGAGCCGGCUGUCACCCCUGCGCCUAAGCAAAGGGGUUUGAUGGCUGCGCCUGGCACCCUAGGCACAUCUGCAAAGAAAACAAAGACAGGCGCAAAAAAGGCAGACAAUAGCAAGGCCCCAUGCUACGCCUCCUUGGACAAAGAGGACUUGGAGCAAUCCAAUUACUACUACGUUGGGGGUAAGUCCCUCAAACCCCAAUCCCUCAACUUCUAUGUAGGAACAGUGGUUGCGUUUCUUGCAUACAAGGGCAAGGGACUUGGGACACAGGUGGCCAAGCUUGAAUUGUAUUUGGGGCAAAAGGCUACCCAUGGGCAGGAUUUCAUUGGGAACCCAAUGUGGGUCAGAUGGACAAAGGGGGAUAGCAACCAACGCUUUGGGAACAAGAAGCUCCCAGCAUAUGCAAUGCUUGAUAAGGAAUGCCAAGCUGUAAUAGUCAAUAUUGAGCUGUGGAACAUCCAAGAAAUCACUCCAAUGCUGGUCAAACAGUCUAUUGAGGAUUGGAGUAGAUGGGAAAUGAGGAUGAUGGGCGCAGGCAACCAAAAGUUGUUGGUGCUACAGCAUGGGGAAGCCCUGACCCAUCAAUUCAACAAUGGCUCUACCCCCGUUUUGGCUCAAAUUAAGGCCUUCAAUGGGUGUUAUGUAUGCUGGGACGGAACAAGCAAACCAGGGGAUUGCCACACAGCUGGCAAUUGUAUGUUCUUGCAGAAGGCUAACCAAUUAUGCAAGAAGGCUGGGAUUGAUCCCAUCAUUAUUGUGGACAAGGUAGCUAUUUUGGUUGUUGGAGAGUGUAACAAACUCUCCAACAACGCUCAACUCCAACAGCUGGAGACCAAGAAUGGAGACCUCCGGAAACAGCUGCAGGAGCUUACAGUACAAGUUGAUGCCCUGGAAAAAAAGGGUAACAACAAGGACAGGUCAACAGGAUGGAGAAGAGGGCGGGGUGGUCCCUAUGUCAGAGGAUAG